GCAGCUUAAGGCACUGCCUGCUCUCUCAAGGCGUCCACUAUUAUAUUUACUAACAAGCAGUACCACCCUCUCCCUCUCCACAACUCGUACACUCUCAACUUCAGAUACUGGGCGAAAUACUCCAACACCCACCGGCAACAAUGCCUCCACCACCACCUCCCCCGCCGCCCCCUCCGCCUAUGCCUGGAGCUGCAGGAGGUCCACCACCUCCACCUCCUCCUCCACCUGGGGGCUUACCAUCGCGCCCACCAGCACAAGCAGCCCAGGGUAGACAAUUUCCUUCGGAGAUCAUCGAGUCAAGGCCUGAAUCGCACGCUGAUUGCCUUUCACCGCAGGGCGCCCUCCUCGGCGACAUCCAAAAAGGCGCCCGCCUGAAGAAAGCCGUCACAAACGAUCGAUCCGCGCCGCUACUCGACAGCAAACCGAGCUCGUCCAUAGGCGGCCCAUCAACCGGCGGAGUACCUCCCGUCCCAGGCCUACGCCCUCCACCUCCUGCGGGACACAAUCGAGCGAGGAGCAAUAGCGACCAACCAAGCAGUCCCACCACCAAUAACAGCAGCGGAAUGGAGUCAGCACCACAACUAGGAGGUUUAUUCGCGGGCGUAGGCAUGCCGAAGUUAAGGAAGAGUGCGGGAGGGGUGAACAUGUAUGAUUCCGAUCCCGAGGCGCAUACGCAGACAUCUGCGGGUGGGAGGAAUCGGAAUGCCAGUGUACCUGCCAUACCAAAUGGAACCGCACCUAGACCACCAGGCGGUGCACCUCCGCCUCUACCUCCCGGCGCUGCGCCAAGUAUACCAAGCGCAGCGGGUCUGAAGAAGACGAAUAAUCUGCGCCCGAGCCCCGCGAGCGUAGAGACAAGCCCCGCAUCAAUACCGGGUACGAAACCUAAACCGCCUCCGCCUAUCGUGGGGAAGAAACCGCCGAUUCCUCCUCCUACUUCUCGCAAGCCUUCACUACAAGCCUCAGCACCCUCAAUACCGUCAGCACCUCCGCUACCACAUUCCCACACAACGCCAGCGCCUGCGGCACUUCCACCCCCGCCUCUACCGCCAAGCAGUCCGCUCGCGCCCAGGCCACCACCUUCCAGCGCAGCGCUCUCGACUCCGCCGCCUCCUCCGUCAUUACCACCUCCGAAUGGUCUGCCAAGAGAAUCAAGUCUGGCCGAACAAGCGGCGAGGAACGUGUUGAGGAGUGCAAAUUCGACCACGCCUUCUGCCCCUCCUCCUCCUCCGCCACCGGCACCAUCGGCGAGUCCUCCCUCAACGCCGGGCGCGCCUCCUCCGCCGCCGCCUCCGCCACCGCCUCCAUCGGUUGCAGCGGCUAGUCCAGCACCACCGCCCCCUCCUCCCCCGCCUCCGCAGAUACAAAGACAGAGUUCCACGUCCCUGCCACCACCGCCGCCACCGCCGCCUUCGGCACCUCCAAGCCGCAACUCAGGUACUGGGAGUGGGAUACCAACCGCGGGUGGUCUGUCGCUCGGUUCCACACCCACACCACCACCGCCGCCGCUUCAAAGUACAAAUUCAUACUCCUCGCCUCUGAAACACAUGGAUGCCUCCGCUUAUACGCUCACGAAUGGCUCUGCGCCUUCUGCGCGGUCCGCUAGUAACAGCUUCAGCGGUGGUGCUAGUGGUGGUUUGAGGGUGGUUAUCCAAGAUACGAGGUGGAAGUUUCAGCCUGAUGAGCAGUUACCGCAGCCGAGGCAGUUUGUCGGAGCGCCUAAGAGGUAUCGGGCGGGGAGGGGCAGUAGUGUGCCGUUGGAUCUGAGCGCGUUCUCGUGA